AUGCUAUCUAGGUUCUUGACCUGCAGUUCGGACUCAUCUGAGCUUAGUCACGCCUUUCCAAUUUUUGAAAAGGUCCGUCGCCAGCGUCAGCUAGACCAGAAUGCGCCACCAGUUCCAAGCACAAAUUUCUAUGGCUCCAGUGGCCUAUCGACUCGUCUUUCUAGCCCCUUACCUGGAAGAGUUCGAGUGGUGUCAUUUGUGCUUCAAUGCAACGGCCUACAAAAUUGGACUCAGAAGCUUGUUAGCACCUUUCUGCCGCUGGAUCCGACCUCGAAGAAAGCAUUCCGGACAGAUUUAUCACUAUGGCCACCGUGUUUGCUACCGCCCGAUCAGCCAUUGUCAAGUUGUCAUCUGAAUCCUUAAUCAAACUGAACUUGCCCAUCGAUCCUACCAGUCGUCUCGAGCAGUUUAAGA